AUGGCAGAAAAACCGUCCUUACAACGUUAUGUAGUUCGAAUUAUAAUAAUGGUUCCUAUUUAUGCUAUCUCAUCGUGGAUUAGUUUGGCCUCGACAAAUGCCGCGUUUUAUGUUGAUGGUAUACGAGAUGUUUAUGAGGCGUUCGUGAUUUAUUGUUUCUUCAAUCUUCUUAUAAAUUAUCUUGGUGGAGAGAGAGCACUCUUGAUCUUGUUACACGGUCGUCCGCCAACCCCACAUCUUUUCCCUGUAAACAUUUUUAUCAGAAAUAUUGAUAUUGGAGAUCCUUACGCGUUCCUUUUCCUGAAACGUGGUAUUCUUCAAUAUGUAUACCUUAAACCGAUAUUGGCAGUUGUUACUAUGAUACUUAAGUGGUCAGAAAAUUAUGGAGAGGGUCAUAUCGAGAUUUCAAAUGAAGAUUUACGGCCAUAUCGACCCAUUCCAAAAUUCCUCUGUGUGAAAGCAAUUAUCUUUUUUUCAUUUUGGCAAGGCUUCGCGUUAUCUAUCCUUGUGUAUUUCGGAAUUAUUCGUGAUUCUGGAAUGAAUACGGCAGAGAGUAUUUCAGUAUCAAUACAAGAUUUCCUCAUAACCUUCGAAAUGUUGAUUGCAGCAAUGGCACAUUGGUAUGCCUUUUCAUAUAAGGAUUAUAUUGAUUCUUAUGGAAGAUCAGGUCGGAUGCCAAUCAAAUAUGCAUUUAAAGACUGCAUGGGAUUUCGUGAUGUGAUUGAGGAUACAUUACAGACUAUUAGAGGCUCGCGUUUCAACUAUAGGACAUUUGAACCUGCCGAGGGUAUGGCAUACAUUGGACCGAGUAGGACUGCGAGAAUAAUGGCUGGGUUACGAUUCAAAAGGGGUGGAGAAAGCAAGUAUUGGCUCCCGGGUCCUAAUUCCCACACGCCUUUACUUUCCGAGCAGAGAGAUGACGAUAGUAAUAGUUUAUAUUUUCGUGAUCCUGACCCGGAAGAUGAAAUUGAGAAAAUGUAUGAGAACUGUAGAAGAUUAGGUAGAUAUGGGGAUUAUAAUUUCCCUGUGAUAUACACUAAUGAAUAUGGAAAUUCAAGCAAUAAUCCCCCCAAACCAGUAAGAAAGGAAACAAUGUCUAGGAGGAAGCAAAAAGGAAAGAACAAAGUUCACGAAAUCUAUACUGAAAAUGAUAACAUGGAAUCUGGAUCGAACACACUUUAUGAUGAUCCAAAUAUUUCACCACUUCGUACUGGUUGUAUUGAUCUCGUAAAAGAGGUAUCAGAUGGAAAUAAAAGGUAUUUCAAGGUUUACUCUGAUGCUCCAAUUACUCAACAUGCAACACCGGCAUCGAUACAACCUUACACAUCUGUUUUGCUUAGAGAUCCAUUUAUUCAAUCACCAACAAGUGUUGGAAAUUCUUCACAAUCACAAAUAAUAAAUGAAAUCCGGCAGGAAAAUGAUGAUGAUAUUGAUGACUCUCAUGGAGAAAAUCAUACCAAUUACUUGAGCAAUUCGAUGAAAUCAUUAGAGAAAAACAUCUGGAGUGACGACAUCUGGAAAUAG